GCGGGCCCGGCUCAGGCUGAUUUACGGCUCUGCUGAAAACUGCUUCGCUCCCGCAGCAUCAGCACCGGCCGCGGCGGCAGCAGCAGCAGCUGCAGCUGCAGCAACAAGUCGGGACUUUUAGAGUGAUGCAACAGAAGCCUUUUGAGGAAAGCAGAUACCCCUGGCAGGAGUCCUUCGAGAAUGUUGCUGUGUGCCUGCCAUUCCGCUGCCCGAGGUGUGGAGACCAUACCAGAUUUAGAAGCCUGUCGUCCUUGAGGGCCCAUCUGGAGUUCAGUCACAGCUAUGAGGAAAGAACCCUCUUGACAAAAUGCAGCCUCUUUACUUCCCUCAAAGACACAGACCUAGUCACUUCCUCCGAACCUCUGAAGCAGGGAAAGUGGCAGAGCAGUGGCAACGUGGUCAAGCAGAAACCGAGCUAUGUGAACCUGUAUAGCAUUUCGCAUGAACACUCAAAGGACAGGAAGCCAUUUGAGGUGGUGGCAGAGAGGCCUGUGUCCUAUGUGCAGACCUUCACUGCCAUGGACCUGCGUGCAGACUCGCUGGAUGGACCACGGUCGAGUCCCGGGCUCCCCACCUCCGACACCAAAGCUUCUUUCGAGGCCCAUGUCAGAGAAAAAUUCAAUCGUAUGGUCGAGGCUGUGGACAGGACCAUCGAGAAGCGAAUCGACAAACUCACCAAAGAGUUGGCCCAGAAAACUGCCGAACUGUUGGAAGUUCGGGCGGCUUUUGUGCAGCUGACACAGAAAAAGCAGGAAGUUCAGAGACGAGAGCGGGCCCUGAAUAGACAGGUGGACGUGGCGGUGGAGAUGAUUGCUGCACUGAGGCAACGCUUGACAGAAUCUGAGGAAGAGCUUCUUAGGAAAGAAGAAGAAGUUGUUACAUUCAACCAUUUCCUGGAAGCAGCGGCUGAGAAGGAGGUUCAAGGGAAAGCUCGACUCCAGGACUUUAUCGAGAAUCUGUUACAACGGGUAGAAUUAGCGGAAAAGCAGUUGGAGUAUUAUCAGAGCCAGCAGGCCGCUGGCCUUUGCCAUGACAUCAGUGAGCACAUGCUUGUGGAUAUCUCCUCAAACAGGAAACCCAAAUGCCUAAGCCGAGGGCACGCACAUUCUGUGUGUAACCACUCUGAUCUCAAGACCCAUUUCCACCCAAAGGGAAGAAACUACCUGAAAAAAGCCAAGGAUGACAGAACCAGCAUGCAGCCUGCUAAGUCCAUCCAUGAACAGGCCGAGUCCUCGAGAGAACUCUGCAGACCACCGAAGAAAGGGGAGCCACUGGGUUUUAGCCGGAAAGGCAACAUCAGGCCCAAGAUGGCUAAAAAAAAAACAACAGCAAUUGUGAACAUCAUCUAAAAGGGUGGGUGGCUCUGAAUCACCAUUGCUGGGCUUUGGGGAAUGUUGUUCCAGGGGCCAAUAAUAAUGUCCUUUUGGACAGGUCCCAUAGAAUGACACAUUGGAAAAGCAAUAGGGCAUAAAUACAUUUAUCUUGUGUCUAUACAGGAACCUUGAUUAACCAGAAUUUAACAAGCCAGAAUUUUGGUGAAGCAUAACUUUGUUACAGACCCCUUUUAGAAGCAAGAGGCAAAUUACAGAAAGAUUUAACAAAUUAAGCAGUCUCACCGCAAGGUUUGAGUAAAACAGAGCUCCAACUUCUCAAAUAAUUAGCCUAGUCUCCAGUCAUUUCUACAUCUGGGGUUCUGUGCAGUGCUCAUUAAUUCUCAGACCCAGAGCCACAGAAGAAACCAGGCACCAGGAGAAAAUUGUCCCAUGGCUACUAUUCUCUAAAUUGUCAGGCAAGGAAUGGGCAUGUAAAGUUCUGUCAAUAGGCAUAAAAUAAGAAUAUUUUUGUUUGCAUUUAAGCUUCCCCUCAAUGAAUUUGAAAGCCACCUGUACCCCCAAUUAGGAUUCCUGUUUCCCCCAAGUAUUCUGGUUUAAUCAAUGUUCCAGUGUUUGAGUUGCUCAAGAGACUUGUCCAGGUUGACUUCAGUUUUAUCAUUUCAAAGGCCCGUUUUUCAGUUUGUUGGACUUCGGAUUUCUGUUUCCCCAAGAUGCACGUUUGUUCAGACUUUAGUGCAUCUCUGCUCUUUCCUCUAGCCGAGCAUUAUGGACCCUCAGAAUGCAGUGCCAGGCUGCAUCUUACGCACUGCUUCUGUUGCCAUGCUUGGGGAGGGCACUUCAGCCUUUCUGGUCCCACCCCUCCUCGGUGUGGUGUCUGAGUGACUGGAAUGCCAGCGGACCGCACAUUCAGUACGUUGUCAGCCCUUCUGGAAACACUGCAGAUGUUGCCCAGGCUUUUUCACAGCCCCGCUCCCCUCAUGCUGAUGGCGGCCUCUUUCUGUGAGCUGUGGGCAUGACCUUCUCUUCGCUGGCCUAACUUUUCCACCAGGCAGCGUGCUUUACCUCCUGCUGCUGCUUUGCUGUUUUAUGACUAAAAUAUAUGUUCUUAACCUUUCAGCCAAGCACCUGAAAUGUUCACUGUACACUGCUUCUAAAGUAAUUUUGGAAAUAAACAGUGCAUGUGGGAUCCGGAAUCUGAGGCUGUCUUCCCCUCCCUUCUUAAAAUGGCUUUUGUUUCCACAAAGAAUUGUUAGGAACCUCCUGCUUUAAGAUUUUCUUCUAGAAUGAAUUUCCAAGUUCCUUUUUUUUUUUUUUUUAAUUAGCAGUAUCAUCAGGUCUCAUGCAGAGUUUACAAGUGCUGACAUCCUUCUGGAAACAAGGAUAAUUUUGUCCACAAAUAUAUACAUACAUCUAUAUAUAACAUACAUAAGAUAUAUAUAUGUCAGGUAUAUUAAUAAUUUAUUUUUAAAAUACUUAUGAAAAAGGUGUGUGUGGUGGGUGGUUUUUAAACUCUAUAUGUUAGUUCAUGUAAAUUGCAUUCUCUUAUUUUAAAUAUUAAUACUGUAACCUAAGUAACAUUAGUAGAACUAUGAUUAUUGCAAUAAGCAUCGGACUAGCAGUGUAUUAAAAAUAGGUAAUAAAGCAGUUAAUUAAAAUGUCAGUAAAUCAAAAGUUGUUACUUAUACAAGCAGUUCGAACCUCUCAUAGUGAAAAUGUUGAUUUUUUAAAUCUUCAUCUUGACUUUUGGCUGAUAGAAGUGGACCAUUCAUGUCCAAGAGAGGAAAAAACAUUGCUGUGAAUAAAUAUCACUGUUGAGGCUAACAGUGUAAAAAUUCUAAUGUAAGAACUAUUUGGAGAAUUAUCCUACUGCAGAGAUUAUUUAUUAUUGAUGUUUAUACCAUGAUUGCACUUUAGUCUUUUACACAUGAAAAAAACAAAAACGCUCUGUUAGUGGUAUUGCAUGCCCUCUGUUCUGUAACUUGUGUGUGAUGACAACAACUUGGUUUUGACGAUGGUAUAGCCAAAUUUUUUGUUCAUUUGUUUUAUUUAACCUUACUUAACAUUUUCAAUUUUUUUAAAAAACAUGCCUGGAGGGCAAGACAGCCCUCUUCUACUGUGGUACCCAGUGAGCUUCAGAAAGCACCAAGAUGUCAUAUCUAUGCUAUACAUAUUACACAAGACAAAUGAUUUUGAGACUCAUUUUGUAUUAAAAAAUUUUUAAUGUCCCAACUAAAUUCUGAUCCACAUAAAAGGAAAUGUGUCAUGUAUAUUGUGCUUGUUUAGAGACAUAAAUUUGCCACUGAAAUACGGGACCUGGCUCACUCUACGGUAUACUCCACGUCCAUGCCAUGACCCAAGCCAGGUGCCAUGUCCCACUUUGUGUCUUAUUUCUAAAUUUUUCCUUUGUCCACAGGGGUGGUAGAUUUUAGAGUUAAGGAAGUUGCUUUUUUGAAGAAAUCACCAAUGUCUCUGGGAAAACAAGUUGAAAGUUAAACUGAAGUACAGAUCUAAUUUUAUUAUUUGUUUUGCAGGGAAGAAAUCUUCAUUUGAACUUUCUGUGUCCUUCUCCUCCAAAACUAGGUUACAGAUUCUUAAUGGCAAAGUUCAGACUACUUAGUCUGUUUUUCAGUAUUCUGCAGGGCCAGUCAGUUGUACAAAAGUUGGGCAUUCUGUUACCAAAAUUAAAAAAAAAAAUGUUUUUAGAUUAUGAAAUAUUCUAAUAAUAAAGUUAUAUUUCUGACUAAUGUGUUGCAUUUUUUUCUAGUUGAAGUGUUUAUGGGGAACCAUGUAUGUUGGUCCAUGAACCAAAUGGUCCUUCAUGAAUACACUGUUCAUUGUGCAUAUAAUUACCAUCAUCUGGUACACCUGUAGGCUUCCUUGAAAACUUAGCUUGAUCAUUUUUGUUUCUCAUAAUGCCUGUAUCUAAAAGUUCUUUUUGCAUAUGCUCACAAUGUGAAGUCCUCAUUAAAAGCCCAUUUGGCAGUUUUUGCCCAUCUUCCCCCACAGCCAUGAGUAAUUUUCCUACACUGUAUAUUUAAACUUGUCAGCUCUGAAAAAAGACUAUGAGCAAUUUCACACUGUAUAUUCCAACUUAUGUGUGCUGUGUAUCCUAGUCAUUGUGAAGCCCAGGGAGCCUAUCGGGAUAGAUAACGUUAAGUGCGUUGCUGGUAGAAUUACACAGCCAUCAGUCUUUUAAGUACCAUGGAAUCAGGAAAACAUAGGGACUCCAUUUGUUCAGGAUCUUUUGGAACUAUUGAGAAGAUGAUCUUGGACUGCUCUUAAGCUUACCUCUGUUAGGGUUAAUGGGUUCACCAGGUGAUAAUAUUUUUUAGAAACAACUGUGAUAUUCUAGAUUAUCUUUGUACAUUGGAAAAUAAAUCCCAGUAUCUUUAUGCUGCUCUGUCUGGGUCCUUGAAAAAGGAAUUCCAGAAAUGGCAUGCAGGAUCCCAAACACAAGCCUUGGAGCAAUUUCAAAUAUUUAAAUGAUGGGGAUUUUUGAAGUUGGAUUCCUUUGUGUUGAAUCAAGGUGGUGGGAUUUUUUUCUCUUUUUUUGACUAUGUUCUGUGUCAGUAAAAUUGACACUUGAAAAUUUCCAUUUAAAAAAGGAAUCUUCAAACUGUAGCCCUGUGGUGGACUUACCCUGUCUUUGUAGCUACUGAAAUCAGUUUUUCCACUAAAGGAACCUCAUGUAUAGGCAGGCUAAGCUCUCUUGCCUACACUGUAAUGGGGUCACCGAAAUUCUGCAGAGGAGGCUGGUGCCUAGGAUGGUCAAUGAGGACUUCGGUACCCAUGAACCUGUGAGCAGAGGAUGUGAUCACUGUCCUCUGGUAUCUGAAGGAUCAUUACAUGGAAAAACUUACUUUGUGUGGCUGCAAAAGGCCUUCAAGAAAUCGCCGAAGGUUCCAAGGAAGAUCUCAAGUCAUUGAAUGAA